GAAUAUUUGACCUUGAAGGUCAAGGCGCCAUUAUUAGGUUCUCAGAAUGACUAGGGGUUCACCUCAUCGAUCGCACAAAAAACAUCGUCACAAGAACCGUGAUAGGUCUCGUUCUCCCCUGGACCAGAUUACUGAUAGGAUCGCUACCAGGCGAGAUGAUCAAUCACCUAGUGAUACUGGAGGCACUGGUGUUGAUAUUUCUCUCUCAGUUGCGGAAACAAAUGCUUUGCGGGCUAAAUUGGGUCUUGCUCCUCUGGAUGCUGAUGAUACUUCAAAAUCAGAACGAGCAGUAGAUAACCAAGCCGAUUGCUACGUCCAUGCACCAGCUAAAGAUAUCAGAAAAAUAAGGGAAUCAGAAGCAAUCAAAGAAAAGCUAAAUGUCUUGAAAGAGAAAAGGUCACUGUUAGAUAAAAUUGGGCAGGAAAAACUGUCCACGCCUUCUGCAUGUGAAUCGGAUGUUCAAUCAUGGGUUGAGAAAAUGCGUGAGAAAGAACGAAUUCAGAAACAAGCCGAAGAAAGAGCAAAGCUUUUGUCUGAGAUUGACGAUCAGUUGGCUGUUUCUGAGUUUGUAGAGUCACGGUUGAUUCAAAAUGGUAAAAAGUACAAACCCAAUGAUUUGGCCGGUCUUCGCGUUGAACACAGCUCAUCCCGUUUUGUUGACGGUCAAUCAGUUAUCUUGACGAUUAAAGACUCAGGUGUUUUGGAUGAAUCUGAAGACGUUUUAGUGAAUGUAAAUAUAAUUGAUGAUGAAAAAGCUGAUGUCAAUAGAGAAAAUAUAAGAAAGACUACCGGUCUGGCAGGAAUUGAAGACGAAGUGGAUGAGGAUGUACUUCUUGGUUUACGCUCUAAAGCUGUUCUAAGCAAGUAUGAUUCAGAGAUUAAUGGCAUUAAAAAAGACCACUUUGUUAUUAAUUCUGAUGGCUCUUAUAAUACAGAGAAUGAGCGUUUAUUGAAACAACUACAAGCUGAAUUGAAAGAAGGACGACAAUCGUUGCCUGAUACUGAGCUUCGUAUAGCUUCUGAGUACUACAGUGCGGAAGAAAUGGCUGCGAAAUUUAAAAAGCGUAAACGUCGUAUCAAAACUAUUCGUCAAGCACUGACUGCUGAUGAACUUUUGAGUGAAUUGCCAGAACAAUCAGGGUCUUCUGAUUUAGGAAGCCGUUCAACAGUUAGAGAAAAACGCUUAAAUAGUAACAUCCCAUCUGCAAAUGACACGUUUCCGGCUGAAGAAUUUUCUGCACAAAUAAUAGAUGUCAAAGAUAGUUACGAGGAAUAUUGGUCUGCAGCAGAUCAUAUCGAUGAACCAGAUGAGUUGAGAAGUGAAUUAGAGAAAACUAUAGGGCGAGUCGUGCAAUCGAAGUCACGGGUUGUUUCUAAACCGGAAGAAAUUACAUCACAACUCUUAGCAAAAAAUAUAGCUACUCAUUCAUCCGAAUCCGUGUCACAGUCACCUGCGUCUGAUACAUUGACAAAUAAUAGCAAAAAAGACAAUGUUGUGUUCGACUCUACUGCAGAAUUUUAUAAGUCAAUUGGUAUUGGUUUUCAAGAAAGUAUGAAAAAAAAUACUCGUUACAAUCAGUUCUUACAAAAUCAGUCUAGAUUACAGAAUAAUGGCGGAGCAGUUGGUACUAAUGAUGAUGAUAAUACGAGUUCAUCACCUACAAGAUUGCCGUAUAAAGAGGAAGAAGAAGAAGAACGAAAACUUGAUUAUGAUUCAGAAGGUAGUUAUCGCAUGAAAAGUGAAGACUAUGAUACAAAUUAUGACGAUACGAAGUUAGAAGCAUCAAACGAUCGAUGGCAUACUGUCGGUAAUGAUAUUCUUGGGAAUUCAACUAGAACAGUACCGAAACCAACAGUCAAAAAAUCUGGGCAGGAACAUUUUAAAGCAGAAAAUACUGAUAUACAUGGAGUUUUAGAUGAUGAACCACGUCUGGAUUCAGGGGUAUUUUCAGCCAUUCGGUUGGCUGAGAAAAAAGGUUAUAUUGAUAAAGAAAAAGAGAAACGAACUGGUUCAGGAACUAUGGUCAAUCUAAUGGCUAAACACUUUGUCCAAGAAGAUAUACGCUAUGAUGAUAUUGAUGCGAAAUUUUACAAACGUGAUCGUUAUUCUGGUCCAUUAUCAGAUUUUAAAGAGUUAACGCAAUAUAAACCGGAUAUUAAAUUAGAAUACGUUGAUGAGCUAGGACGCGAUUUAAGUGCUAAAGAAGCUUUUCGUCAAUUAAGUCAUAAAUUUCAUGGAAAGGGUUCCGGUAAGAAUAAAACACAGAAACGUAUGAAAAAAAUCAAUGAAGAGUUUGUUUUUUACUAUUCGAUUUAAAGCGGUUUUUUACAUCAUGACCGUUAAUACUAUUUGACCCACCAAAUUGAGCUAGACAGGUUUGUAUCUGUUGCUUGCAAGGCUAGUAGUUUUACAAUUAAUUGAUUGUAAAUAUCAUUUAUAGGACCAAUAAGUCAGAACGAGUAGAACAUUUUGUGAUUAUUCAUCGAUAUUCGUGUAUAUAUAUGUGCGCUGGGAUUGUCCUCAUAUUUUCACGCCUAAGUAAGUGGUUCCCUGAACCUAUGAAUUAAAGGUCUAAUUUAGAAGGUAUUUGAUUGAAAUGUCAAUAAUUCACUGCUUCACUUUUUGUUAUAAACUUACAAUCGUAUGUUAAAAUAAUCCAACUCACUUUCAGUUUUAUUCUAAAUAGAAGUUCGUAAUAUUGUUCGUAACUUGAUAUUAAAUUGGUGGUACGAUUGUAUUCCUAUCACUCAAUAUACAUGGUUUAACCGCGGCGUUGGUGUGACCUAUUAGAUACUAUGUAGAGAUAGUAAAUCGGGUAAUAAUAUUAUGGACUUUCGUCCACUGAUUUGGUUUCGAACAUGUUUUUUUUACACUAAAUGCAUGAUAAUACGUUGGUUGAAGACUAGGUGUGGCAAAAAAAACAUGGUAUCAGCAUUUUAAGUUAUGGACUCUUGGAUGUGUGGCAUUCAGUUGAGUCAUUUGCUCUUCAUCUUGUUAAUUUCAUGUCUGACUGUGUUGAUGUAAGACAUGGCAAUUUUUGUCGAGGUAUAUUUAUUUCAGGUUCCUAUUUGUUUAUAACUGGUUAAAUAUCUAACUGGCAGUUGUGAGUGAAUUUCACAGCAACAUAUUCUUCGGAACUAAGCACACUAUUUAAAAUACAAAUACCUAAAAAAUUUUAAGAAAAAUAGUUUUUGAUCUAUCGUCAUCUUCUAUAAUGUUGGUAGAUAAAAGCGGUAGUGAGACUAAAUGAGAAACUUAUUUUCGCACAAAAAUUCACGAUUAAGAAAUGUGUGUGUUAUGUGUUUGAACACUAAAGUGCAUAAGAUGUUGACGGUUGGUGUUCAACGGAAUUAUAUAAAGAAGAAAUAAAUAUUCCAGUUUAUCCAACUGCUAUUUUGUUUUUAGUAUUUCAACUUUCGAAAUUAAGUUGUACUUGCUGACGAAUCUAUUUCCAGAUUCAAAUUUUAGUAAAAGUCCCUUAUGGAUUGCUUUUCACCAAAAAUUGAAAAUUUACGUCAUUUAACUUUGCAAGUUGGUUAAGUGAAAUUUUAUAAAGCGAACCAAAUAUUAAAAUAGUUGAGAUAUAAUGACAUUUUACGACAUACGUGUUUCUUCAUUACAGAACUACAUUGAAGAUACCCAACGAUUCCUGGAGAUUAAGAAAGAGAUUUACAGGAGACUUUUUAAUGUUUCUAGAAAAGGUCAUCAUACAAACAGUUUUACUGGUUUUAUACUGCUUAUAUGACCUUGGAACAUAGAUACGAGAUUAGUUGUUAAAAAUAAAGCUUGUUCUCAAAUAGUCAAACGAUAAAAAAUUCUGAAACGAGUUGGAUUAGUGACUCUCCGAACACUAAAAGAUUUUAUAUGAGGGGGGUAAUUUGUCGACUAACAACAAAUUAAUCAUAGCAUCGCCCUCAACUUUGUAGUAGUCUUAGAUUUCAACAGACCUCCAUAACAUAUUGUUAAUUGUUAUAGUAAAGGUGUAAACUAUCCGUUUCACUUAAUAAAUAAAAUAGUCAAAAUGUUUAAGUUUCUUACCGUUUUAUGCUAAAAACCGUAAAAAAUCACUAGCUAUUAAGGACAGGAGUUUUGUAAAUAUUAUAACUAGCGAAGUAUCUACUUUUCCGCAAAGUUUACUUCUUUGGAGAAAAGCUGUUCAAAACAGGGAUGUUUACAAAGAUAAUUUCAAAUUCAACAACCAUUCUGUGGUGACUAGGGACUAAAUUCAAGAGGUAAUUCUUAGAGUUCUAUUAAGAAGCAUUAAGCAUUGGAUUUCAACCAUGUCGGUCGUCAGUCAAAUAUUACUAAUGGCAAUGGAUAAUCGGUCAUGCAAUACUUGCAUAUAAUUGGAUGCCAGCUCAGUUUUCUGAAGUUUGAACGCUUGUCAAGAGGCUUGGAGGCCUUUAGUUCGAUCCUUGGCGUAGUUACAUACUAGGACGAAAUAAAUGUUCAGUGCUUCCUGGUUUCAAUUGGCACCUAAGUAAAUUUAGCCUGUAAUGUGAAACUUCAAAUAUUAGAUUUUAUUUCAUCUUACUGUUUAAAAUGUUGAAGUUUUUUUAAUUAUUCUAAGUCAUUAUAGAGUGAUAUAUUUUGUUGGAUCUCUCUGUGCCACAGCUUAAGAGGAACUUUAGUAUCGAAUUGAUUGAUUUUUUAAUCUAAGUUCGUAUUUUUCUCAAUGUCAUUUCAAGUAUAUGUACUUAGUAUUUGUUUUACGAAGUAACAUCUCAUCUUUCAGGUUGUUUUCACUAUUCUAAUUUUUGAAAAUAAUAAAAUAUUCUUUUCUUUCUAUUAUGGAUUUAGCUUCUUAAAGCCAGCACCAGUUCAGAUACUCCACUGGGAACAGUGAACAAACUGAAUAAAAAACUAGAAGCGAUGUCAAUGCCUUAUGUAAUUUUAAGUGGAAAAAAUGCAGCUGUAAAGAAGCUGACGAAAUAGUUAACAGCAAUAGUUAACAACAAUUUAGAUGUCAUAUUCCAUAGUUGAUAUCACUUUUGUUACCUGGCAUCGAUACACUUGUUCAUUUGUAAUGCGAAUUCCCCACUAACCAUUAUUUUCUCACUUUUUUUCUGGAUUGUUAUUUCUUGUGUACAUACAUAAUCAAUUUUUAAAUAAAAACUCUGACCUUAUUUGUUUUAUUAAUCUGCCUUUAAUAUUGUUGCAAUAUUGGUAAAUUGUCUUGAUCGUUCACGUGUAACAUUAAUGAAAUCCAUGUGUCAAGAUGAAU